CAUCACGUCACAUUUGCAAAUAAGUUUCCAUUUGGUGCGGAGCUUUUUGGGGACCUUGAGCUCAACAAAGAUACAAGAGGCCUCGGGACCAAUAUUUGUUGUAUUUAAAGCAACUAUUCUCGGCAAAUCCCAGAUCACGACCUUUCGUCUGCGCGCAACACACAAACAUUACUACCAAGUGUCUCCAGGGUCGUAAAUUAUUCGUUAUUUUACCGCGUUCUCCCUCAUCCGUGUACUCGUGCACGCCAAAAUCCCACAAUCAAUAGAGAUGGCGGCAUCACUACUUUCAUAUGUGCCGCUCGUCAACCGGCUGGUUCCCCAGGAGGAGCCACUUGAAAUCAAGCUCGAACCAGUCGAGGUGCACAACGUCGAAACGGCGGCAGAGAAGCGGCCUAGAACGCUAAAGCAUCUCCUCCGUGCAAAUCACGUGAACCACGCCAUCAUCUACCACGAUCUCGAGUUCGACAAUCACAUGCCCCACAUACUCUGCUCGGCGUACAUUCUGGGUGCAGAUGUGGCCAAGCUGCAUGAGAUUUACGACGUCCAGAGCAAGGAGCUCGAGCCGUGGACCGACUCGCCAGCCGAGAUUGUAGAGGAUGACUGGAGGGACUUUCUCGGGGAUAGGCUGUACCAGAGGGCCUACAUUGACUUUUUCGAGGACAACUUGGCUUUCGAGCAUAGUUAUGACUGGAAGAAGGUCGUGGCCAAGUACAUGUUUGAGGGAGAGGAACCAUUGGUCAACGGGCUGAUUGGAGGGCUGGCUCAUCCAUUAAUCCAUCUCGGAUAUGCCUUCGAGAUGGACAACCGGGAAAUUGCCAUCGAGGCCCUGGGCAUGGCCGCAGUGCAGUACAACUUUUUGCACCAGUACACCGACGACCGCUCCUACACCAAACCGUCACCAUUUUCGUCAACGAACCCCUCGGAGUUGAUCGAGCGGCUUUCUGCCGAUAAGCGCUUUGACGGUCUUUUCAACGAGCCGGGCUUCGCAAACUUUGAGACCGUCUUCCAGAAACACGAGGACCUGCUGCUGGAGUACUGGAACGCGUGGGAGAUACGAGACGACCCCCUGCGGCAGUUCCGCGAAUCCCAGGAGCUGGCCGUCAACCUGCUCAUGGCUACGGUGCGGCCCGGAACGCACUCAUACAGCUUCUUCGUGGUGCACCUGCUGACCAGCAGUCACGCCGUGAGGAUACUGCUGCCUUACGUCCCGGCCAAGUUCCACGUGGGCCUGGUGAGGCAGUGGUGGCUGCUAACGCUGGCCGUCUACAUUGCAAUGAUGCGGCCAAAGAUUGUGGAGGACGAUGUGCCCCAGACGACCAAGGGGUGGGGUUAUGUGGAGGAGCAGGCCAUCACGUCGAGGUGGUCGACUGAUUCUCACUUUGUCAAGGGUAUCCGAGCCAUCAGGGAAGCAUCACGGACGUGGGGAGAUGUUCACAACAGGUAUCUGAACGCGGCUGUGAGAUUUGUUGAUGAUUUCGAGGGCUGGGUCUUCUGAGAUUUUCCUAAGCAGAACGAGGAGAAAUGACUUAAAAUGCCCUGGAAUUCGAUUCGUGACAAUUAUUAUCGUGCUCAGUGCACUUUUUGUCCACCUAUAAAUGUAAAAUACCCAUCGUAUGUAUGACGAACUUAUAAGAGUGGCAAUGGAAGCUGCAUGGAGUAUGGAGUACAGUACUACAGUGCUUGCAUUGCUCCACAGUGCCUAGAACCCCGCUUCCAGUUGUAUGGAGCUCCUGUUUAGGUACUUCGGUGGAUUCCCAAUUAUGGUAACAUCAUUGGAGCCUGACAUAUAUUUUCACUGUACGCUUUCACGCGAAA